AUGCCUCGUUGCCCAGGGGUUGUCCGAGUUCCACAGGUCAAUACUACCUUGUGCGAUGGUGUCAAUGAGGGAAGGGGACCUUUAACCACGGGCCAGACAUUUGACCGUUCUGGGCGAGCAAAUACUCCACGGCGCUUGGAUCCGCAGCAAAGCAGGUUGUUGCAAACCUCAACUAUUACUGUGUCUCGCUUGGUCAACCAUACACGGUACAUACGCAGUGGUUCUUCUACGAGGUUGGUUGUCAUCGGGAAUGCCAAAGUCAGAACCGCGGGCGGGCAUCCGCGCAAGCACCCGGCAGACCGACAGUCGCAGUACCGCUUCCGACCCACGAUCUAUCCAAAGACCGGAGCCCGUAAUGCGUUCUUCCCAGCAGCCUCUGUGAUCCCAUCGACGCCCAUCUACGGGUGGCACCAGCGGCUUCGCAGCCCGGCUGAUUUACCAGAAGAGGAGGAUCCUGCCGCCAUGACGGCUACUCUGCCGGCAAUGACGACGAUGCCAGAUAUAUGGACAACUCAAGGGGACGGAGGGGGUUUAUUUGACAACGAUCAUGGUAUUGCACCCGGCUCCGGUGACUUUACGCAGCUUCUUCAAUUCUAG